AUGCUGAAGUCGAUAGCCGUAAUUUUUUUCUCGAUUAUCUGCGUAGGAUGUUUGAGCACCACCGUGUACGUAGAAAUAGGAGAUGACAUUUGCCUUAACUUUUCAACAAUCGCAGAAAUUUCUGUACAAUAUAUUGUAAGAAAUGAAACAGCAUUGUGUUAUCGCGUGUCUGGCAAUGUUUAUGUAAUUCCAAAUGAGAGGCCAAAUAGGACAUUUAAUUGUAAUGGAUCCAAUGGACUAAUGUCUAUAUGUAUUACUGACAUACAAGAGGAAGAUGCUGGACUAUUCUCUCUUAGAGUUGGUGUUUCUGAUUACAGGGAAAACGUGACACUCUCUAUUGCUGCUCCGCCUAAUAUCUUCUACCUCCGUGAUGUCACUCCAGUUGAGAAUACGGAUUUAAUUGUUCCGUGUGAAUACACACCCGGGAGACCACCAGAUACCAUUAUUUACUGGACAAGGUCACGUGACGCCAACUUCAAACAGGCGGGAAAAGUUCUUAGAAUUACAAACAUACAAAGGGGGAUGUCUGAUAUUUUUACAUGUACGGCGGAAAAUAUUUACUCAUCUGGAAAGAAAGGAAGCGACCAGCAAUCGGUUGACGUUAACGUCUUAUAUCCACCUCAUGUUUUACCCAUGGUUAACUUAUCACCCGUAGAAGAGGGAUCCAAUGUGGAAGUGGAUUGUCACACUACACUUGGCAACCCUCCAAAUACAGUCCUUUUCUGGACAAGGUCACGUGACAGCUUCCGGGUAAACGGAACAACACUGACACUGACAAACAUACACCACGAAAGUGCUGAUAACUAUAGCUGCACUGCAGAGAAUACCUACCCAUCUGGAGCAAAAGGACGACACAGUCAGACAGUUAACAUUCAAGUAUUAUAUCCACCUUACAGUGAGCCCAUAAAAGACAUGUUUCCUGUAGAAGGCACGGAUCUAACGGCGGUGUGUAAAUUUAUACAUGGGAAUCCUAUUCAGACCGCCGUAUACUGGACCAGAUCACAGUCUGACAAUUUUAGACAGAAUGGGACAAUACUUACGUUACCUGGUAUACAAAGGAAAGCUUCAGAUAUAUACACGUGUACAGUAGAAAACAUCUACCCGUCAGGAUACAAAGGGAAACAUAGCCAAUCCUUCAGAAUAAAGGUACAAUAUGUACCUGAUUUACACAUCAGUCCAGAAAAAUUGAUUACAGCUAUUGUUGGACAAACGGUUAUCAUGAGAUGUUAUGUAGAGGACCCUGAAUUGACACUAUCAUAUACCUGGAGAAAAGACAGAAAUUCAUCAGUGAUUAGUGCAACUUCGUUUAUUGUUUUUGAAUGGAUAGAUAAAUCAGAUGAAGGAAAUUAUACCUGUUCAGCCUCAAACAGAGUCGGAAAUGCAUCAAUUUCUGCUUCAAUAGCAGUACAAUUGCCACCAUUAGAGCCGACACAAUUGAUGGUUGUCUGUGGAGACAUCUAUGCUGACAUUGUGUGGACGUUUACUUCUGCAUCUCCUAUCAACCAGAGCUCCCUUCUACAGUAUGCGCCUAAAUCUUCAUUCGCAAACUGUUCACAGGGAUCCCAGGAUACAACUAAUCCAGGAUUGUUUGCUUCCAGAGCUGAGAAUCUAGAACCAAGUACAGCAUAUGAAUUUAGAAUUCUGACGACAAACAAGCAUGGAUCAACAUACUCUAGAAAACUUUUCUGCAUGACAAGAUCAGGUUUUUCUACGAAAUCUGAAGAAAUUCUAGGAGGCACACUGGGAGCAUUUCUUGCCUUAGCCAUUGUUAUUGUGAUCAUCCUUAUUGUUAUUUUAAUGAGACGAAAAUUACCUGAUGAACAAAAAGAACAAACAUUCCGAGAUACCUACGAGAUGAAUACUGUACAAAAAAUAGAAGAACAUUUCUAUCAAGGAACCGAUAAUAUUUGUACAGGAAGUAAAGAAGUGAGGGAAAGUGCCGAUUAUUGUGAAGGGCACCUGCGCCAGGGGAACACGGGAACACAAACACAGGAGAAAAGGAAGAAGGAGAAAUAUAUUUAUAGCUUUUUGCGUAAAAAAGACAAAUCAAAUUUCGUUGAAAACAAUCAUAACAUUUACGUGCUUUAUAUGAAUUGUGUAGAAUUUAAUUUUUGUACAUGUAUACAAUUGUUCACUUUUUGCUGA